AUGACGCACAAAGAGUUUUUCAACAACUUGGUCUGGCUCGGCAAGGUCAUCAGGUUCAGGUACUCGGCGGACGUUUCCGGAUGGAGGCUGGAAGCAAAAUACUGCGACAAGAACGACCAGCUGACGGCAGAAGACUAUAACAUUGAUACAGUCAACUACAGAAAGCCCAGUGCAGCGUAUGGCACCUUCCGCUGUCGCAGCGUUAAGAACCCAGGUGAUGUCGCUGUACUGAAGAUCAUCAUGCAAAUCCCCUACGCCGGUUCUGAAUACGGGCUUCUCGCUGAGCGAGCAAGGCAGGCCACGGACAUCCUCCCUAAUAACGCCUGCCACGAGGUCGAGCCGCUACAGAUCCUCACCAAGAACAAAAGCAAGGUGACGCCGGUUAUCCGAGAGUUUGAAGUUCUGACACAGGAUAAUGAGGGACUAGUCCCUGGUGGCUUUCUCUAUUAUAUUCUGAUGGACCAUGCACCCGGCAUCCAGUUGGAACACGAGGCGUUCUGGACUCUUGACUAUGGUGAGCGGGAUAGAAUCCGAGAGGCAUUCCGUAUAGCAUGGGAAGAAUGUCUACAGGCCGGGGUAUAUGCUGCGCAGAGCAGCCCAUCACACUUGUUCUGGGAUGCAGAAUCAUCUAAGAUUUUCAUCGCCGGAUUCAGUCGCUCACGUCCUGCGGAACCAGACGACAAGUGGACGGACAUCGAGUGGGUAUCCUGGGGCCUUGCCGACUGUCCACCGACAUACUUCUACGAUCAAGAGGCGCUGGACCGUAGCGACAAGAGCGAUUGGACUUUGUAA